CCCCCCCACGCACUUCCGGCCGCCACCGGAAGAGCCGCUGAGGUUCCGGAAGCGCGGUGCCGGCUGCCCGCGGCCGCACGGAACAAGUCAGCACGAUGCCAGCCCUGCCCCUGGAUGAACUCCAGCUGACAGAAAAGGAUCCCAAGACGGGGAAGCUGAGAACGUUACCGGCACUGCACCCAGAAAUAAAAGCAGAUCGGUCUUUUGUGCUAUACAGACCGCCACCUGUUGUCAGAGAUCCUGCCUUAGUGGAAGAGUUCCUGGAGCGAGCGAAAUUCAUUGCAGAUGACCUGGACUGGCUGCUGGCUCUGCCUCAUGAUAAGUUUUGGUGCCAGGUGAUAUUUGAUGAGACGCUUCAGAAGUGUCUGGACUCCUACCUGUGCCACGCUCCUCGCAAGUUUGAUGUGCUGUCGGAUUGCCAUCCAGAGGUGAACGACAUGCAGAAACGUCUUCAUCAGAGCGUCUUUCUGACUUUCCUGAGAAUGUCCACUCACAAGGAGUCCAAGGAUCACUUCAUCACUCCCUCGGUCUUUGGAGAAAUUAUUUACAACAAUUUCCUGUUUGACAUCCCCAAGAUUCUGGAUCUCUGCGUGCUCUUCGGAAAGGGCAAUGGUCCCCUGCUCCAGAAGAUGAUCGAAAAUAUCUUCACUCAGCAGCCAAGUUACUUCGGUGACCUAGAUGAAACUCUGCCCACUGUCCUCCAGGUGUUCAACAAUAUUUUGCAUAAGUGCGGCUUGCAAUGUGAAGGAGCCUCUGCUGAGCCCCAGAAACUGGAAGAAAGAGUAAAUGUGACUCCUGGGAACAUGCCCCUCCAGGAGCUGAAGGAUAUCGUGCUGUACUUGUGUGACACUUGCACAACACUCUGGGCGUUUCUUGAUGUCUUCCCACUGGCUUGCCAGACCUUUCAAAAACAUGAGUUUUGCUACAGAUUAGCAUCGUUUUAUGAAUUGGCCAUUCCUGAGCUGGAGUCUGCAAUUAAGAAGAGGCAUUAUGAGGAUAACAGUGUUUUUGCUGAUUUGUGGAGGAGAAUUUCACAUUCCAGAAAGAAAGUGAUGGAAGCUUUUCACAUCCUCAUAAACCAAGUGUGUCUGCAGCCCAUCUUAGAAAGCAGCUGUGAGAAUAUUCAGCCUUUUAUUGAAGAAUUUCUACAGAUCUUCACGUCAGUGCUUCAGGAAAGGAGAUUUCUUCGUGACUAUGAUGAGCUGUUUCCUGUUGAAGAUGAUGUCAGUCUGCUUCAGCAGGCAUCCUCCACGCUAGAUGAAACCAGGACAGCCUAUAUCCUCCAGGCAGUGGAAAGUGCAUGGGAAGGUGUGGACAGGAAAAAAGCACAAGUCACUAAGGAUCCAACAUCACCAGCAGCAUCUAAUGGAGCAUCAGCAAGGGUGGAGAGCGCUGCUGAGGACAGAGGAGAGCUUGGGGCUGCAUAUGCCUCAGAGGAUGAGUGUGCUGGUGCAGCUGCUGCCCCCCCCACCAAGGUGUCAGGGGUGGAGCUGGACUCCCUGAUCUCUCAAGUGAAAGACCUGCUGCCAGACCUUGGUGAGGGCUUCAUCCUGGCCUGUCUGGAAGAGUACAGUUACAACGCAGAGCAGGUGAUCAACAACAUACUUGAAGACAAGCUGGUGCCGUCCUUGGACAAGUUGGACCGAACGAUGCGAAGACAGCCAAAGCCAGACCCUACACCUCUGCUCACUUCCCGCCAUAAUGUUUUCCAGAACGAUGAGUUUGAUAUUGCCAGUAGGGAUUCAGUGGACGUUUCUCGGAUACAAAAAGGCAAGCGCAGGGAGAAGGAGACGACCAGGAGUUUGCUGAACGACAAACGCCUGAUUGCUGAGCAGAAGGAGCGCUACAGCCAGUACAGCGUGGUUGUGGAGGAGGUUCCUGUGCAGCCAGGGGAAGCUCAGCUCUACAGGGAGGACUACGAGGACGAGUACGAUGACACUUACGAUGGAAACCAAGUGGGGGCAAAUGACGCUGACUCGGAUGAUGAGCUGAUCAGCAGGAGGCCAUUUACAACUCCGCAAGUCUUGAGACCAAAAGGACAGGACGAAGGACAAGAAGAGGAGGAAGAUGAUGAAGAGGAAGAGGAAGAAGCUGAAAAGGAAAGACCAAAGGACCAUUUCGUGCAGGACCCAGCCGUACUGCGGGAGAGAGCUGAAGCCCGGCGGCUGGCUUUUCUCGCGAGGAAGGGCGGGCACAAGCACGACAGCUCUGCUGUUGUUGGGAACGUGAAGGGACACGGGCAGAACCGGGAAACGGUGCAGGAACGAAGGAAGAAGGAAGCAAACAAAAGCACAAGAGCUAAUCACAAUCGGCGAGUCAUGGCUGACAGGAAGCGGAAUAAAGGCAUGAUUCCUUCCUGAAGGACUUCCCCAGGUGUUGCAUCAUCCCCAGUCCUCUGGUUCGGAGGCAGCUGUGCUGCGUUCCCCCGGCCCUCCCUUAGCUCAGGGGACUGGAUGUCGUGGUGCAAUACCUGGCACUUCAGCUCGAUGUGGAAUCGCACACCCCGUGGGAGGGCUGCACGUCUUGGAGAGGAGCUGCCCCCCCCCAGGCACACCCUGUGGCCGAUUUCUGGUCUGUGGAGGGGGGUGCGUGACAGCGGGCUGCGACCUGGUGCGUCGGGCAGGCUGCACCAGCCGUUUGUUUCCUUUUGUACUAUUUAUAAUUCGGAGAGGUUUAUUUUCAUACUGGCUCCUCCCGCCCUCGCUGCAAUCCGAGGGGGGCUUCCAGGCCACGUGGCUGGCUGCCCAGAGGGCAGCUCUGUGGCUUGUGGCAAGGCUUCCCCGGAGCAGCCCGAACAGCUCCCCUGAAAUGCCUCGUCCUGCGGUAAAGCGUGAAGGCUGGCAGGAAAGCGCUCGGGCUUUUGCCAUUGCUGACACCUGGGAGUUCAGGUGAAUAAGGCUCUGUCAUAAAUUCCUGUCCCUCGAGUGAGGUGUGUGAAAACAGAACACGCAAAUAAAUGAUUUAAAUCUUGUA